UUAACAAAAAAAAAAAAAGAGAGACCAUAGAAGUUUAAUAAAGCGUGGCAUACUCAACCUUAUUUAUUUACGUUUGUAAAUUGAAAUAAAUUAAUAUAUGCUUUUAGACUUUUAAAACAUAUUGGCUUUCAUUUCCUGAAAAGAAAAGUGAAAGCCACACCUACGCCCUGGUUUACAUAAACACAGGAGACAGCCCUUCCAGUUUAGAAGCUGCGCAGACUUCAGGACGUUACAAUUAAAAGUUGAAAGCUUCCUCACAGCCAUGAAAGCACUUUGGGUUAUUGGAGUGGUCGCCCUGAUUCACUGCAGUUAUGCAACUUUGAUCAUUAAGGGGCCAACUGAGGCAGUUUUGGACGGAGAGCCGGUCACACUGGAAUGCCUGUACACUGACUCUGACCUCAACAUCAGCCACGUUCAUUUUGAGUACUUCUCUGAGUACAUGCAGCUUUGGAGCCGUUUUGGGGAGUCUUGGUGGGGACGCCGGUGCAUGCCAUUUUACUCCCCAUAUGUCGACCAGGAUGGAGAAAAGGCGCUUCUGUACAUUUAUCACUCAACAAGGUUCUCUGGGGUGCCUUUCCGUUGCGUCUCAGAUGCUGAAAAUGUGACCGAGCCAGACAACUCCUCCCAGCCGCUGACCUUCAAAGUGCAUUAUAUGGGACAGCCAUCGCUGUCGAUGGAGGGCGGCUACAGCAGCUACCUGAGUGCCCCUAAGGAGCUGAACGUACAGCUUGGAGAUGACGUGGUGGUGAAGUGCUCCGCCAGCUCAUCGGAGAAGCCGAGCUACUACUGGCAGAAGGAGGGCAGUGACUGGCUCCUGCCUUCUUCUACGUUGACACUGAAGAAGGUGAGUGAGUUGGAGGAAGGCCAGUACACCUGCAUGGCCCAGCAUCCCUCUGUGGAGUCUCUCAUCAAGCAGAGCACUAUUAGCAUCACUGUACUGCCUGAGGAUGCCCCCUGGUAUGCGACGACUAAUGGCCGACUCUGGUUGAUGACCUUGGCGGCGGCUGGAGCUCUGUUUGUGUUCAUUCUCUCCGUGAGCGCGUUCCUGUGCCGCAGGGCCAAGCAGAUCAGGACCAGAAAGGGACCCAUCAAUGACCACUCUCAGAAGAAGCCCAUCUACAAAACAAGUGUGGAGUCCCUUCCCUCCGCCAGUGGAGACAAACAACCCCUGGUGUGACUGCAUUGGCAGGUGGAGAGAUAAAAACGGGGGCUGGGGGACUAGAAGGAGAGAGAGAUGAGGACGAUGGAGUGGGUGGCCAGGAAAUGAGGACGAGACAUGGGGCAGGGGUGUAGAAAGAGAGCAGGGAGGCAAAUAGGGAUAUUGGAUGAUUGUGUGGAGAGCAAAAUCGAAAUCAGUAACAAGCUGGGUGUAAGAAAAAAAAAAAAGGUGAAGGGCAAAUGAUUGCUUUAGAGAUGCCGAAGCAGCGUUGCUUGUGGGUGUAGGCUGCGGUUUUAGGCUUGGCUGAAAAAGUGGCCAAUUUUCUUUUCAUUUACUCAGCAGCAUGAAAUUUGGUGAGCUAUAUUCUUAGCAAAUGUAUAAUGAAGAAUCUUUUGCACUGUAAGAUCUGUAAGGACUCCAUACAUAGUUCCUCUUUUCAAUUGCAAACACAGCACCUUAGUUAUUUGCUAUAUAUGAACUGUUUUGGUGAUAGGACAAGUGUUACUAUGUUACUUUGUUUCCCUCUUAACUUUCUUUUCUUUCCAAAGCAGAACCAGCAUAAAGUAUUUGAAAGGUUUUUUUUUAUAAUCCUUUUGUUGUAGUAGCACUCAAGCUCCUUGUACUGUCAUACUGUACUUUGGAUUUCUUUAAAAUGAAAUGGCUUUUAUAAAUUAUUAUUCACUCUCCUAUAGCGUGUCAUUGAUUUUGUUCCAUUUUAGAGAUACAAAAGAGGCUGGGCAAUAUUGACAAUGUGCUGAAAGGCGGACAUGCAUGCUCGCUCGGCCGCGCAUCUUCUCUAUCCAAUGCCAUCUCGGGUUUACUUCAGCUUGUUUAUUAACCUUCCUCUUCAGUCUGAAAGACCUUACCCUGAGGGAUUGAUCUCUACUUAAAGUUCUGCAAUGUUGUCUCUUUUUCCCAUCUGCCAACAAGCGCAGAACUUGCCUUCAGUCAGUUUGGCUUCACACGCAUGUUGGAGUGGAUUCCCGCAUUUCGACCCACUCACUAAGAGUAACUGAAAAGUCAUGUAACCUUGAAACUUUUCACAUUCAUUCCACGAGCAGAUAUGUAAACUGCUUGUAGUUUUGGCUUCAGAUAGAGCAGAUUUAGUCUAUGCCUGCUCCUCC